AUGAUAAUGAAGAGAAAAAAAAGAUUUAUCAUAAAUAUAUUAUGUAAUAAGAAGAUUAUAGAAUUUCGAAAAUUAAUAUUUCAUCUUACUGCUUUAGAUGAGAUAUACAUAAAGUGUGGAUCAAAUUCUCUUCAUUUAUUAGUUUUAAUGAAAGUCGAUUUGAAAUAAUAAUGUUUUGAAAUACUAAACUUGGAAUACCGUAUUGUUAGGAGCAAAUUUAUGAGAUAUGAUUAAGUGGAUUUCAUUUUGACAAUGGCAUUAUUAUUGGAAUGA